AUGCACGUUCUGCGGGUGAUCCAACGCUCGCAAAUUCUCAGACGCCAGCUACACGCAAUGUCCUCAACCAAACUGCCCAUCGUUGUCCUCAGUGGGCCAUCUGGUGCAGGAAAAUCCACCCUCCUUAAGAAGCUAUUUGCUAACCACCCUGAUACCUUCGGAUUCUCCGUAUCACACACUAGCAGAAACCCAAGGGACGGUGAAGAGCAUGGAAAGGCAUACUGGUUCACUAAUGAGGAUGAGUUCCGUAAGUUGAUUGGGGAGGGGAAAUUCAUCGAAACCGCUACGUUUUCUGGAAAUCUUUACGGCACAUCUAUCCAGGCCGUGAAAGAUGUCCAGGAUCAAGGUAGAGUUUGUAUCUUGGAUAUUGAGAUGGAGGGUGUAAAACAAGUCAAGAGAACAGACCUGAAUGAAACUUGCACCUUUAUAUUCGUGCGCCCACCAUCAGUGGAGGAACUCAGAAAGCGACUUGAAGGAAGGAACACAGAGACCCCGGAGAGUCUUGCAAAAAGGCUAGCACAAGCGGAGAAGGAACUCGAGUUUGCUAACACUCCUGGAGUUCAUGAUAAAAUCAUCGUCAAUGAUGAUUUAGCGAAGGCUUAUGGUGAACUCGAGGGACACAUUCUCACCAAAAUUCGUGGGGACAGUUGA